GUGCGUGUUCAAGAUGGCGGCGUCCUUAUGGAUGUCUUCUGUCCUCCGGAUAACCACAAGAGGCGCAGCCUCAGCCCUGGCUCUGGGGAGCGGGCACCAGUUGUCUCACCUCACCAGGCCUGUGGUGGCCUGCCGGGCACUUGCCCCAGCCGCGACCGCCCUUUCCAUUCAACAGUCACGGCACAGCAGCUUCUUCAACAAGCUGACCGCUGAUGAGCUGUGGAGGGGAGUUUUGGCCGAAACCGGAGCCGGGGCACGGAGGGGCAGGGGGAAAAGAACCAAAAGGAAACUGAAAAAAGACCUUAACAGAGGGCAGAACAUCGGAGAAGGGCGGGGCGGCUUCCUGUGGCCCGGUCUGAACGCCCCGGUGGUCCGGAGCGGCGCGGUGCAGCGCAUCGGAAAGCGGGACCAGGCACAGCAGGAGGAGCUGCAGGCGGAGAGGAUCCGGCAGCGGGACGAGUGGGACCGCAGGAAGAAGAUGAGGCUGAAGAAGGAGCGAGGCUGGACGGGCAACUCCUGGGGGGGCAUCAGCCUGGGCCCCCCUGACCCGGGUCCCAAUGGAGAAACCUAUGAAGAUUUUGAUUCUCGUGUGAUUGAGGUGAAAAGCGUCUUCAACAUGACAGCAAAGGAAGGCAGAAAGAGGUCAAUUAGUUGUCUGGUAGCCGUUGGCAAUGGAAAUGGAGCUGCAGGUUUUGCCAUUGGAAAAGCAGCAGACAGGACUACAGCCCUGAGAAAAGCAAAGAACAGAGCAGUGCACUACUUGUACUACAUCGAAAGAUACAACAACCAUACCAUUUACCAUGACAUCAGUUCAACCUUUAAGAGGACGACCCUGCGAAUGAAGAAACAGAACAAAGGGUAUGGACUGCAUUGCCACAGAGCUGUCAUCACCAUCUGCAGAUUGAUUGGCAUUGAGGAUAUGUAUGCCAAAGUGUCUGGCUCCACCAACCUGCUUAAUAUUACCAGGGCCCUGUUCCAGGGACUAGCCAAUCAGGAGACCCACCAGCACCUUGCGGACAAGAAGCAGCUCCAUGUGGUGGAGUUCCAGGCUGAGCGCGGGCCCCUGCCCUGCGUGGUGGCGUCCCCCGCCGGAGGGACGCGGCAGGAGCCGGAGCCCGUGGACGAGAUCCCCAACACCAAGCUGGACUGGGACGACGUGCGGGCCGCCCAGGGCAUGAAGCGCUCCGUCUGGGCCAGCGUCAAGAGAACCAUCUGGUGAGGGGCUCCCACAGCGGUGCUCCAAAGGGGCUCUGCGUGACCCGGCUGCGGACAGCUCAGACAAGAUUGGGGGACCUCUGCCCAUUUUCCCUUUCCCCUGGCUGGCAUUGUGCGCAGUGCCAGCAACAUCAGCUCAUUUCUCCCCAUGUAAAUCAGUAAAAAUGAAAUGGAAAAAAUCAGGUAGCCAUUAAAAAAAAUGGCACCAACUUGAUGGCACUAGUCUUCAGUGGUCUAAUAGCAAGCACUAAAGAGUCAUCAGUGACUACUUACAUUCAUGGGUUGAGUGCUUGUUAUUAGCUUUGUGUUUUAUGUAAAUCGGGCAGUGAAGUUUUACCCAAAACGGACAUCAAAACAAGGGAUUUGCAGACUGUAAAUAUUGUACUUGUCAAAUUAUGACAGUGGGAAGGUAACUGGCUGCCUCGAGUGUCAUCAUGUGCUUAUUGUGUGGGCAUAGUUAUUGACAAUGGGAAAUGUUGAAUUAAAGUGUAAACAUGGAAAAUAAA